AAAAAAAAUGCAUCGAGAACCCUAAAUCCGCUUGCGGCAUUUCCACCCUCCACCCCAAUGGCGCCGCCGGGCGACAUGGAAGCCACGCCGUCGGAGCAGCCGGAGCUCCAGGACGAGCUCCUCGAGGAAAUCCUCCUCCGGCUAACCACGGCGGCCGACCUCGCCCGCGCCUCGACGGCCUGUCCUACCCUGCGUCGCGUCAUCACCGACCACUCCUUCCUCCGCCGCUUCCGCACCCUCCACCCGCCGCCUCUCCUCGGCAUAAUUUCCGUCACCUUCCGCCCGGCCCAGCACCCCCAUCCCUCCGCCGCCGCCGCCCGCGCCUUCGCCGCCGCGGAGGUCGAUUUCUGGUGCUCCUUCCUCCCCUCCGUCGACCGUUGGCGCCACCGCCACUUCCGUGACGGCCGCGCCCUCUUCUCCGGCGUCCCCGAGGGAAGCAGCUACGCUCCCGACGAUUACGAUCCCCGCGACUUCGCCGGGGAGUUCGCUGUCUGCGACCCCCUGUACCGGCGGUACCGUCUGCUACCUCCCAUUUCCGACGAACUAGCGGUGCUAGUUCAUCAGCCGGAUAUCGUCAACUUCGAGCCCUUCCUUGCUCCUCCUGGCGAUGAUGAAGACCCUACUUCAUUCAGAGUAAUGUGCCUGGCGCAGUGCACAACCAAGCUGGUCCUCUUCGUCUUCUCGUCGGGUGCCGGCGAAUGGCAUGCUGUUACCUUUGACGGCUGGAUCGCUUUGGUGACAAGUCCUGGCAACCAGGUUCCAGACGCUCACUUGACAUGGGCCUCAGAGCGCUACUAUGUGCACAAAUGCUUCUGUUGGGCUGUUUCUCCGUCGAACAAGUUGCUCAUGCUUGACACGCGCACGAUGGAGUUCUCUGCUGUCGACCUCCCACGUCAACAUGUCCCCGGCCAAAUGAUCCCAAUGAUGGCUUUUGUAGAGGCAGGGGAAGGAAGGCUUGGGAUGUUUACUCUCAUGAAUCGAAUUGAUAAUGACAGGUAUUUCCUUCGCUAUACCAAGUUGCAAAAAGAUGGAGAUGGUGCAAACAAGUGGCAAUCAGUGGUGAUAAUCUCCUUGCCUUUGGGUUACCGAUAUACGAUCAUGGAUGUAGCUGGGGGAUACUUACUCCUGCAAGGGAUUCCAGAAAACCUGCAUUCGGCCCCCUUGCCGGAAAGGCCAGAUUUCGACUGUUUUUCACUGAAUCUCCAGACAUUGCAGCUUGAGUGGUUCUGUGCAAAUAAGUACAUGAUUGGGGGUGCCCCUCUGUAUGCUGGUUUCCCACCAUCCUUGACGCCACCAACUGUUUGAAGUGGGCAUAAUCUGCAUAACGGGGCUUGUUUCUAAUGCAUGGAUGGCUGUUGCACUGCACCUAUAUUUGGCUAGUUCACUUAGACUGGCUGUUCUUCUGUUCUUUUGAUGGCAUAUAUCAAGUAAUGAAGCAAUGCUCCCCUUUGCCUGGGCAUGUGCGCGAGCCGUGCGUUAUAUAUAAGCCUCUGCAUGUAUGGAUGUGUAUGCCAAUACCUUCUGUUAGAUAUACCUUUUUUUCUGAGAAUCAUGGGCCAAGCUUCUUCCGACAUCGGACGCAAAAGUGGUGAUGUUUUAGCCCUCAGUGUAGCUACAGUAUACUACCUCUGUACCAUAAUACAAGACGUUUUUGCAGUUCAAGCUUCA